AUGUUUUCAAGUUUGACUAGUUGGUUUGGUCAAUUUUUCAGUAUGGAAGGUGAACCUUAUAAAAUUCAACAUGAUUAUUAUCAACGAGCUGUUGAAUAUUUACAUCGAGCAUUAGAGUGCGAUGAACAACCACAGAACCGUGAAUUGGCUAUUCCAUUAUAUAAACAAGGUAUUCAAGAAUUAGAAAAAGCUCUAAAUUUAACUACGGAUCCUAAUGAUACUCGAGCUAUAGAAUUACAUAAAAAAAUGCGCAAGAAUUUAAUUAUGGCUCAAGAACGAGUUGAUGCUUUACAAAAAAUAAAUCUAAAAAAUCUCUCUCCGCCAGCUAAACCUAUAAAUAAGUUACCUACGAAAGUACAACGUCCAACACUUCCUCGUCAUAUUGGAGCAGCACCUUCUUCUGCUUUAUCAAAUCCUCGCUCACGUGCUUUAUCACCUGCUAUCAAUGCUUCUUCUUCUCCAACACGUUUAACUCCUAAAUUAAAACAAGCACCUACACGAUUAAUCAAUACUGGCAAGAAAGAAGUCUCUUCAGCGGCGAAUCAUAAAAAAGUAUCAACACAAAAUCCUGCUCAACGACCGACACUUAAACUACCAAAUGUAGAACCUAAACUUAUUUCAUACAUUCUUGAUGAAGUCAUUGAAAAUAGUCCACAUGUUAAAUUUAGUGAUAUUGGUGGUCAAGAUGGAGCGAAACGAGCACUUGAAGAAGCUGUUAUUUUACCUGUUCUUCGACCAGAAAUGUUUACGGGUCUACGUGCACCUGUAAGAGGUAUUCUAUUAUUUGGACCACCUGGUAAUGGCAAGACUAUGCUAGCAAAAGCUGUCGCUUCUGAAGCAAAAGCUCGAUUUUUUAAUAUCAGUGCAUCAAGUUUAACAUCUAAAUAUGUCGGUGAAGGUGAAAAAUUAGUUCGAGCUUUAUUUGCUGCGGCUCGUGAAUUACAACCAUCAAUUAUUUUUAUUGACGAAGUCGAUUCAUUACUUUCAGCACGUAAAGAAUCAGAACAUGAUGCUAUGCGUCGACUUAAAACUGAAUUUCUUGUUCAAUUUGAUGGUGUUCAAACAAAUGCUGAUGAUCGUAUUCUUGUUCUUGCUGCAACUAAUCGUCCAUUUGAAUUAGAUGAUGCUGCAUUAAGACGUUUUCCUCGUCGAAUAUACAUUCAACUUCCUGAUAGGAAAACACGUAUACAACUUUUAAUGCAUUUACUUACUAAACAAGAACAUAAUUUAACAAAAAAUGAUUUUGAAACAAUUGCCAAUGAAACUGAUGGUUAUUCAGGUAGUGACUUAACUGCUUUAGCAAAAGAUGCAGCAAUGGGUCCAGUACGUGAAUUACAUGUUGAAGAAUUAAAACAAUUAUCAAUUAGUCGUAUUCGACCAUUAUCAAAACAAGAUUUUUCUCAUGCUUUACGAAAAAUUCGAGCAAGUGUUUCACCAUCAACACUAAAUAAAUAUGUUGAAUGGAAUUCAACAUUUGGUGAUUGUGGUUCAUAA